AAUAAUGUGCAGUCUGCUGACACUGGAUGACUGGAAACAGCAGAGAUGAAGGAGCUAUGGAUUAUGGUUGUCUUUGCUACAGUCUCUUUUACACAGGGGGAUCUCACCACAUCCUCUGCCAUUCCAACCACCAUUGACAUAACUAUCCCAACUACUGAUGACCCUUUAACGCCUGACUCUCCAGCUAGUGCCCCUCCAACUAAUGACAUUCCAACUACUGAUAAUCUAACUUCUGACAGUCCAACUACCGACAUGUCAACUACUGAUAAUCUAACUACCGACACUCCAACUACUGACACUCCAACUACCGACACUCCAACUACUGAAUACCCUGCAGCUACUACUGGUCAUCCAACUACUAGUUACCUAACUACUACUGAUCCUCCAGCUAUUGGUUACAUAAACACUACUGGUCUUCCAACUACUGGUUACCCUACCUCUAUCCCUAUCACCAGUACCAGUCUCCCCACCACCUCUACCAACACCACCACCACGUCUACCAACACCUCUACCAACACCUCUCCUACCAUCUCUAACACCACCACCACCUCUAACACCACGUCCAACACCACCACCUCUCCUACCAUCUCCAACACCACCACCACCUCUCCUACCAUCUCUAACACCACGUCGAACACCAACACCACCUCUCCUACCAUCUCUAACACCACGUCCAACACCAACACCACCACCACCUCUAGCAACACUACCACCACCUCUACCACCACAUCUAGCACCAUCUCUAACACCACCACCUCUACCAACACUACCACCACCUCUACCAGCACCUCUCCUACCAUCUCAAACACCACCACCACCUCUCCCACCAUGUCUAACACCACCACCACCACCUCUAGCACCACGUCUAACACCACCACCUGCACCCCUACCACCACCACCAUCUCCACCUCUACCACCGCAACCCCUCCUCUGGUCUGUAUCAACGGUGGUGAGCUGCAGAGUGGAGUCUGUAUCUGUCCGGAUGAGUGGACCGGAGACACCUGUUCAGAGGGGAAUUUCUGCAAUUCCACCAUCAAUGGUGAUUUUUCCUUCCCAAGAACAACGGUUGGCUGGUCUGCUUAUUCAGAAGAAUUGUGUGAUGAUAAUACAACCAAUGCUGGUUUACCAAAAGCCUCAGCAAGAUGUUUGAAUGACACCGGCUCUCCAAUGUUUGGUCCUCCUCAUGAACUGCAGUGUGAAUUAACCCUCAGUGACAUUCUAGGAAAUAUCUCCAGCAGUUCAGGUGAUUUACUACAGUUAGCCUUCAGUACUCAGAUCCUGACCUCCCAACCAGAGCGGCUGUCAGCUGACAGCAUCACCACAGCAGCUCAGAUAGCUAACACACUGCUUCAGUCUGCAAAUAUCACAGAGGACAUCGCAGUGGCAGCUGUAACCACCAUCAGUCAGCUGCUCAAUGCCAGUGAGGAGAGUACGCAGGAGAGAGACGCUGUCCAAAACCUCACAGAGACCCUGGAGAAGUUUUCCCUGGACCAGUACAAUAAUGUGUCCUUGGUGGUUCAGCCCAACCUGGCAGUCCAGUCUGUCCAAGUACCAAGUGACACAGUAGGGAUCCAGUUUACUGCUCUGACUGGAAGAUCUGGUAAUUUUGUGGCCAACAGAAUUAAUCUCAACACAAAUACUUCUGAACUGAUAGCUGAUGAAGGAGGUGCGACCGAUGUCCAGAUUGUCAUAAAAUUCACACCAGUUUUACAUAGUAAAAACACAAACUACUCCAUUGGUUUUGUGCUCUACCAAAACGACCGGUUCUUCAGGUCCAAGGCAUUCAGAGCUUCUUCAGGGACCAGCAGAAGGGUCAUCUCUGCUAACAUGGGACAAGUGUCUGGGUUACAUGUUGAGAUGCUCUUCAAGCCCACAGCUGUUCCCAACGCCUCCCUCUAUGACUUUGCCUGCGUGUCAUGGAACUACACGUUGAAAGACUGGAGCACCUUUGGCUGCUACAAAGUCAACCACUCAGCAGACGGCCUGCAAUGUUUCUGUAAUCACACCACUAACUUUGCUGUGCUGAUGUCAUUCAGGAGGGAUUUUAAAUACGCUGAAGUGCUAAACUGGAUCACCAUAUUGGGAUGUUCCAUGUCCAUCAUAGGGUUGAGUUUAACAAUAACAUUCCAGAUCGUGACCAGGAAAUCACGCAAAACCAACCCAACGGUCCUCUUAGUGAGCAUCUGCAUGUGUCUCCUGAUCUUCACCCUCCUCUUCAUGUUGGGAGUGGACAACCCUCAUAAACAGCUGGGAAAACCUGAAAUACAGAAGGACAACAUUCUCCCCACGUCCGACAAACACACAGAGCGGGACAGAGGGCCUUGUACUGCAGUGGCAGUCCUGCUGCAGUACUUCCUGUUGGGGACGUUCACCUGGAACACGCUGUACGCCACACAUGUCUUCCUGAUGAUCAGAAACAGCCUGGCCACCAGCCCAUCACACUUCACAGCCUAUACUGUGGCCAUCGGAUGGGGACUGCCUGCAGUUGUGGUGUCUCUCACCUUAGGAAUUAGUUACAGAGUGGAUGAUCCACUGGGAUACAGGCAGGAGGAAUUUUGCUGGCUUGCUGCCCUCGAUCCAAAGGGGAACUUUGACUUCAAGCUGCCAAUGUUUUGGGGUUUCCUGGUCCCUGUGGCAUUCAUGCUUAUCUUCAACACAGUGGUGUUGAUAUGUUUUGCAGUUACAACAGCCAAGACCAACCCACAUUUAACCAGUACAAGACACACAUCAUUGAAGAAGAAGUUCCUCAGUAGCUUCUCUCUGGCUGUGGUGCUCGGUCUCUCCUGGAUCCUGGGCUAUCUGUUGCUCAUUACACAGAACCAGACCAUGUACACCAUACUCAACAUCUCCUUCUGUGUUCUCACCACCACUCAGGGCUUGCAGAUUUUUAUUCUGUUCACCGCAAGAACAGCAAUUGUCAAGAAAAUGAUGGCAGAUGCUUUGAAAUCUGUCUCUAGUGUUGAGAUCCCGCGUCACACCAAGAGGUUCAGUCUAUGGCGAGGCAAGCACAGUGAUAACGUAGAAUCAUACACACAGCUGGACCCUAUUCUGUCAACACAUUAACCCUUUAACUGCCACAUCAUUUUUUUCCUUCUGAAAAAUAUGUGUAUUUAGCCUUAAUAUAGGCCAUAAAUAAUUAGCAUUUAAUUGCUAACAUCUCAACCAGCCUGUUCAGUUGCCCAAUUAUGUUAAACUCAUUUUUGUAUUGGACUUUACUUAUGCUUUUUAAAUCAUCUGAAAAAUGGUACAUUAAUUAACGUCAUGUCUGCUUCAGUUACUUAUAAUGGAAGACACGCCAAGAUAAAUGAUGACUGAUAUCAAAUAUGAAUAAAAUAUGAUAUAUUUGUGUGUCAAUAUAUGACU